AUGUCUUCAACUAAUAGCCUAGCCACCAUCCCCUUUCCAAAUCUCCCUUUCGAAAUGCGGGAAAUCAUAUACAGCUUUGCCCUUCACCCAGAACAUUCGUUCUCCGACCCUCAGCCCCUGGCCUUUGCAACCAGCGAUACCCGAGCCAGUGACAAUCCACUCUACCUGCAGUGGCUCAACCCCCUCUGUCGCGUGAACGAAGCCACACGCGUCGACGCGUCACUCUACCUAAUCCAAGUAACCACGUUCUACAUCCUCUACCCAGAGCAAGUCGUGAAAUUCGAAAUGUUUCUAAGGAGCCUGGGCGGAAACCGAGGUUUCACAGCAAUCUGCCGUCUGGACUUUCAGCUCUUUGGACGCCACCAGCCAAGCGCUGGACUAGGUAACACGUUUAUUGAGCUAACAAAACAGUGCCCGAAACUAACGCAGGUGCGAAUCAAAUUCGAGGUCCGGAAUAUGGUGGUUGAUCCGUGUAACUGGAAAGAAGACUCUAUCAUGUUGCCGAAGAGUCUGCGGACGUUCGACUCAACUCGGCUGCGAGAUCUUGAUGAAGUUAUCUCUUCAUAUCGUAUGGCGGGGUUUUUUGAGCUGCAGAGCUUGAACAAGCUCAUUGUCGAAGUCUGGCCCAGGGUUCGCGUCAGCGAUCGUCACUGUAUGCAAGAUGUGCUGGUGGACUGCACGCCUCUAAUGGAGAAGCUGGUGGAGUGGUUGCAGGAAGGUUUUAGAACCAGGGGAAAGAAUGUAGAUGUCAGUCUAGUUGAGGCGAGUAGCUCGGGUUUGAGGUGGACUAGACGGGACUGA